AUGACUAUGACUGAAGAUCAUACAGUAGGACAUACUUCCUCGGUGCGCAAUGCAUCGGCAACCAGAGAGGAGAUGUCACAGGCUAGACUUCCUAUACAGUACCGCGAUGGUUGCGCCGGGCUUCUAAUUCCACUCAAUCGAUGUCGAUUCAAAGAAUAUUACCUACCAUGGAAAUGUGAGAACGAAAGACAUAGCUACGAGAAAUGCCAGUACGAUGAAUUUUUAAUGCGAGUUGCCAAGAUGGAUGAACUAAGAGCUGCGAAAGGUGGAAAAAGAAGCAACUAG